CAACCUCACCCUCAUUUUUCUCGUAUACUAUAUAUAGAGUGCAUUAUAAAUACACAUCCAUGCGUAUACACAACCAAACCAUUGAAAGUCGCAACAGAGAACACAAUUAUUUCUCUAGACACAUAACAAGAAGAUAUACUGUAUAUCUAUCUAUAUAAUGGCUUCUACAUUUUCCGGCCACAAUGGCAGUGAACCGAUCUGUUCUCCUGAUUCGGUAAGCCCAGAGUAUCUCAAUGGUGGUUCUUUGUCACCAGGAAAUGACUCGUCUGAUUCCUUCCCGGGAAAUCAAGAAAUAUCAGAAAGUACUAAAACAUCAAAGAAAAAGGCAUCAACGCGUGGGGAAAACACGCCGGUGGAUUGGACGAGGUAUAGAGGAAUAAGGAGACGGCCAUGGGGCAAGUUCGCUGCAGAGGUGACAAACCCGAAGAAAAAGAGGACAAGGAUGUGGCUGGGGACAUUUGAUACACCAGAAGAAGCAGCAUUGGCUUAUGAUAAAGCCGCGUUUGAGCUACAUGGUUCACGAGCCAAGCUUAAUUUCCCUCUCUUAAUUGGCUUUGAUGGUAAACAUUCUCUUGUGGCUUCUAAGGUAUUACAAUCUCAGGAAACAUCGAUACCACCCACUCCAUCCACAUCCUCGACAUCCACUAAAAAAAAGCAUCAUAAAAGACAAAAGAAAAAUGAGGUCGACGUCGACGUCGAGGUAGAGGUGGAACCGUUGGUGGUGGACCAACCAUCAACUACCACCGGUACCACGAUGGAGGAACCAAAUAUUGAGUGUGAUUCCUGGUGGAAUUUUGAUCAAGUUGAUACACUAAUACCGGAUAUGGAUGGUUAUGACUUCAAUAAUGGUGAAAUCAAUAUGGUGCAGCCACCACCUACUAGCCGCCGUGUAGAGGUGUUUGAUGAUGAUUUGCCUUGGGAUGUUCUGUUGCAAAAUUUGGAAGAACCACCAAUAAUUACUAGUAAAGAAGAGGAGGUAGCUAGUAUUUGUGAUUCUCCUUUGGAGAUUGAUAUCGAUGCCUAUAUAUUUGAAGGUAUUUUUGGAACAAAUAUGACUGAGCUGCCAAAUAUCGAGGGGGAGGAAGCUGGUGGUAAUCUACAUUCACUAUGGAAUUGUCAAAUGGAUAUGUUGAUUCCACCGUUAUCUACCUACGCCACCACUAUCACUGAAGAAGUUGCUUGGUGAUAAAUUAUAAAUUAGAUGCGUUAGUUUUUGACUUUUGUUUUAAAUAUCUGGAAAAAAUCAUUUAUAUGUAUUAUCUAUCAAAUUCAUUGAAUUGAUCAUUAUUAAUCUGUUGCAA